UUCAUGUUGCUGCGUUUCUGUGUCGUCCCCUUUCAGAGGAUCACGUGUGUUUGCCUACCUCUGAGUGUUGUCGGUCAAACGUGGUUUCGCCCACUGCGCUCGCUACCUUUUGUGUUCCCUUUGCCUCUCCUUUGGCCGCCUGCCGGGGUGGUGGUUGUUCUGCAAGCAGCGCUGGUGGGGCGAGAUGGAGCAGGGGUUGGCGCUUGGGAUGGGAUUGGAUGUUGGUCGCCGCGAAGAAGAAGAAGAAGAAGCGGCGUCGGGGGACGAGGAGGAGGGUGGAAAGGAGGAUGGGGAGGUAAGGAGGUCCUUGCAGCCAGCGCUGCCGCUUAAACUCCUCCCCCUCUUGCCUGUUCCCCGGCAGCCUUCUCCUCCCCUGCUCCGGUUCCCAUCGUCGACUGCGACGAGGAAUUUGGAUGCCUCGACGCGAGGGUUCGAUGUGCCAUCCACAGAGGAGGCCGAGGAAGCGGCGGCGGUGUCUUCGUCGUCACCGAACAGCACCAUCUCCUUUCGGAUGGGCUUCUCCGCCCAGCGAAGCAGCGCUGAGAGGGGAGGAGUGGUGGAAAGGGCGUCGUCUAUAGUGAGCGACGAAGAGGAGAACGGAUUGGCGAAGAAGAAGCUCCGCCUCUCCAAGGAGCAAUCUGCCUUCCUCGAGGAGAGCUUCAAGGAGCACAACACCCUCAAUCCAAAGCAGAAGCUUGCUCUGGCCAAGCAGCUCAACCUGCAGCCUCGACAAGUAGAAGUCUGGUUUCAGAACAGAAGAGCCAGGACGAAGCUGAAGCAAACAGAAGUGGACUGUGAGUACCUAAAGCGCUGCUGCCAGACGCUGACGGAGGAGAACCGCCGCCUCCAGAAGGAGGUGGCGGAGCUGAGGGCCCUCAAGACCACCCACCCUUUCCACAUGCACCUCCCGGCCACCACCCUCUCCAUGUGCCCCUCCUGCGAGCGCGUCGCUUCCACCGCUGCAGACCACCGGCCGAGCUCCUUCGCCGCCCUCUUCUCCAAGCCUACGCCUGCGGCACCUCGCCAGCCUCCCUGACAACUUCCGGCCCCAACCGCCAGCAGCCACUGGCCAUUCAUGUACAUAACUCUUGUUUUCGUGGCGUUUUGUUAGAGGGACAAGAAAAGAUGUGCGUCAACAUACUUUGCUGCUGCUAAUGAUAUCCACUGCGUUUCUA